ACACGUGAAAUGUGUUAAGAGUUCCGGGAUAUCACUGAGAAGCACACGAGUUCAUAUAGACAAGUGUGGAGACAGUUAAUUAUUUAUUCAUUUGUCAUGGAAGAAGUUAUAGGUGACAGUGUACGCUGGGUGGUGCCAAAAAAAAGCUUAGCUCACUAUGUCCUUCUGCCGAGAUGAACCAGGCGUGAGAUGUCAGAGCAGACGACGGUUUCUUAGGCUCAAAACUUAAAUCAAGUCGGAACUCCGUUACAAUGGGGGUCAUUGGCUGUAUGAGAUGCUAAUGAUGUGUAUUUGGGGCAGGUAUGCAUUAGGAUCUGUAAUGAUGGUGGGUGUAGCUCCAGAAUACCUUGGAGUCUGGUUGGUGUGGCGUGGGGUGAGCCUUGCCCUUCCUCCCUGGGUCUACCAGUGGGGUGAUGAUAAGCUUUACUCCCUCUACCAACGUCUUGUUCUCUUCUUCUUUGAAACGUGCACCAGGGUCGAGGUGGUGAUGUAUGGUGAUGCUGAUGAAGCACUGAAGAAGAAGGAGAGUGUACUGUAUCUCGCUAACCAUCAGUCAACAGUGGACUGGUUGAUAGCAGACAUGGUAGCACUAAGGGGUGGGUCCCUGGGUCACUUGCGCUAUGUAAUGAAGAACACCUUGCAGCUCAUGCCCCUCUAUGGCCACUACUUUUAUGCUCAUGGCUGCAUCUAUGUCAAACGAGGAAACUUUAACCAGGGGAAGAUGAUUGCUUCUCUUGACUACCUCAGAAAUCCUAAUAUACCGACUUGGCUCAUUAUCUUCCCUGAAGGGACUAGAUACUACCCUGGCACACCCAAGGUGAUCCAGAACUCUGAACAGUUUGCCAGAGACCACAACCUUCAGAUUGCUUGCAAGCGGAACACUGUUACAGCCGAUGUGGGGGGAAGAGCAGGCCAGGGUGCUGCAGUCCAAAGUCUAAUACUUCAGCAUCACCUGGUGCCAAAAGUAAAGGGAACCUGGUUAGUGACCAAGCAUCUUCAUGACAAGUUUGAUGCACUGUAUGAUGUAUCUGUAUUUUACGAAGGAACUGUUGAUCAGUCAGGUGUGAGAGGCAAUGCACCACAACUUAUAGAAUUUCUGUUGGGCAAGUGUAAAAGGGUUCACAUUCAUAUACGCCGCAUUCCCAUGAGUGAGGUGCCGCGAGAAGAGGACAGUCUUAGAGCCUGGCUACAUAACUUGUAUGCUGAAAAAGAUAAGCUGGCAGAGCACUUCUUUUCCAAGGAUGCAACACAGAGGGCUACUGUGCAGAAGACGCUCGGAGGCAGAGUUUCCCAUUUGGGGCUCUGGUCUACCCUUUCUUCCUUCAUAUUUUUUACAGCCUUGUCAGUGCCCUUUUUGUGCACAAAGAUGGGACAUCAACUCUAUCUCCAUCUACUUAUGUAUGGCACCAUGGGUUCCUAUGCGUGGUUGGCCAUACGCUCUGUUUGCUAGUGCCAUCAGGAGGAAUAGUGAUAUGCACAAAUUGGAUCUUGACCUCAGUGUACUUAUGGCUGUCAAAGGAAUGAUUGGCUGGUUGGUGCUAUUUAGGAUCACAUAUUUUAUUACCUUUUAUAGCUGAACAUGCUUUACUAGAGGCAAACAAAUUUAAGUAUCUAUUCUCCCUUGAUGAUGGUAAAUAUAUUACUGCAUAUAGUCUGAAAUAACUUUCCAUAGGAACUGAACGCAUUGGAAAUACUGACAGCUUCAUUUAGGUAUUGUAUUUUGUUCCAAAGUGAAGCCUAAAUGACUCAGUGAAGGCUCUUAUUUGGGAAUCAGAAAUUAAUGCAGUAUAAUAAAAUGCCUACUAGUAAAGUCAAUAAAUAUAAAUUUGAUAUAUAAAAACGUAAAACAAAAUUAGUGUGUAAGGAGUGCAGCUGUAUGUGGAAUGCUGUAGGUAAACAAAUAUUUUUUGUAUGAUAUUAAUGUUGGUUGUAUUUUUUUCCUCCUACUUUUAGUCACUUUAAGUCUGGACUUUUAGUGUUUUAGAAUUUUGGAAAAUUCAGUCAUCUUUUUCAAUAGUACUGCUAGUUAUAUACAUGUUAGGUGAAAGGAGACAUAAUUCUUAGAUUACUAAGAUGAUAUCUUUUGUGUUACACAAUCUUGUUAAGAAGAAAAGAAAGCAAGCAACAUUGAAUUUGUUAGUGUUUUUUAUCAUGAGAAGCUUUCAUAAAAAUUAUAACAUUUUACCUUUAUCAUUAGUUUACAAUAAAGUUAAUGGAGUGAAAAUGGAAGUGCACCAAUCUGACAGAUUAUGACAAUCCUACACAACUUGUAAGCUAAGGACAAGUGUAUGUAAAUUGUGGAUUGGUACAUUUCUCCCCUCUAACAAAGAUUGUCAUUAACUAAACAAAGGCCAAGCAUCUAACCAUCAUACCUCCAGCUACUAAGAUGCAUUUUCCAUUUAUAAACUAAGAAACAAAGUCAUAUGUAUGUAUGUGCUGUUGCUUCCUGAGUUUUUUUAUUUUUUAUAUUUUUUUAUUUAUUUUUUUAUUUAUUUAUUUUUUUCUAACAUCUUACUUUAUCAGAUAUGCUGACAUGUGUCAUUUGUGGUGGUCAUUUCCUUUGCACUGUUUUCCUGCAUGAAUUUGAUGUGUUUCAGCAAAGAACAAAUGUUAGAUAUUUUUAAUGUUCUUCAUACUUCAGUACUAUGUAUUCAUUGAGAAUGGUAAUGAAGGUAUUAAAGUUCCUGUUUGGCUUUGAUCUUCAUGCUGAUAUUGGGACUCCUGUUUAGAUCUUAACUAUACAGGAAGUGCUGCAUUUACACUCGCACUUAUAAGUAACAUCACAGUUUAUGUUACCUUUCAUUCAGAUAUUGAUACAUGAUAGUCUUGGAGAUCUACUGAAAUAUUAUAUCUUGCAAUGAGUGUCACUAUUUUAAAGAACUAGUAAUGUAAUUAAUUACACAUAAAUUCUAAGAGAAUAAAAGUACUAGUAGUCAUAAGAAAACAACCAUCACAUUGUGCUGUCUUAUGAAGGGGUGUCAGAAUUAUUAACAGGCAGGGUUCUUAUUUAUGAAGCAAUAAUAACUCCAGUUUAAAAAGUAAAAUUUAAAUUUUUUUUCAUUUUUCAUGAAAAUUUUCACUUAUGAAUUACUUUAAAAAAUAAUUAUUAUGUAACCUAAUUUAUGAUUACAUAAUGUUGACACUUAUUUACUUGAUGAUAUCAUGGGACAGGAAAUUCAACUGUUAAUGCACAACACCAUGGAUUCUCAAGCUUACAGGAACAACUCUACUAUUGAUGCUCAGUUCCAGUCUUGCAUGGCUUUAGUACCAGCCAGUGUUUCACCACCAGAGAUAUCCUGAAUACUUAAAAUGAAUUAUAUAACAGUUUAAUAAAUAAAAUAUAAAAAGUCCUUUAGCAAGAUGUGGGUAGAGAUUAUUAAUUAGAUUAUAACAUGCUCAUAUAGAAAAUCAGUAUCACUUGCUAAAAUAUUUGCUUAUAUUUCAGGAGCUGAUGUAACAAAUUAAUGUUCUCAAAAUCAAAUCAAUAAUUAUUGUGAAACAUAAUAAAGUACUCAUAGUAGUACUUCAUAUACGAAGAGCUAAUCUUAAAGAUUUGUGUGAGAGAGAGAGAGAGAGAGAGAGAGAGAGAUACUGUUACAUCAAAUACAUGCAUGUGAAACCA